GCCGCCGAGAUUCUAGAUAUAUCUUAUGGCAAUGGAGGUUACCCAGUUGCUCAUUAAUGCUCAGUCGAUUGAUGGAACUGUACGUAAGCAUGCUGAAGAAAGUCUCAAGCAGUUUCAAGAGCAAAACCUUGCAGGUUUCUUGUUGUCGCUUGCUGGAGAGCUUGCAAACGAUGAGAAGCCAGUAGAUAGCAGGAAAUUAGCCGGUUUAGUCCUAAAAAAUGCUCUUGAUGCGAAGGAACAACACAGGAAGUAUGAGCUUGUUCAGAGAUGGCUGGCUCUAGACAUGUCGACAAAGUCGCAGAUCAGAGCAUUCUUGUUGAAGACACUAUCAGCACCUGUACCUGAUGUUCGUUCGACUGCAUCUCAGGUUAUUGCCAAGGUUGCAGGUAUUGAGUUACCACAGAAGCAGUGGCCUGAGCUCAUAGUGUCUCUUCUCUCAAAUAUUCACCAGUUACCAGCUCAUGUCAAGCAAGCCACUUUGGAGACUCUUGGAUACCUAUGUGAAGAAGUGUCACCUGAUGUUGUUGAACAGGAGCAUGUAAAUAAGAUUCUCACAGCUGUUGUUCAGGGUAUGAAUGCUGCUGAAGGUAAUAAUGAUGUUAGACUUGCUGCAACCCGUGCUUUAUACAUGGCUCUGGGAUUUGCCCAAGCAAAUUUCAACAACGACAUGGAGCGUGAUUAUAUCAUGAGAGUCGUGUGUGAAGCAACCCUGUCCCCUGAGGUGAAAAUUAGGCAGGCGGCUUUUGAGUGUUUGGUAUCUAUUGCUUCCACAUACUAUGAGAAGUUGGCGCAUUAUAUGCAAGAUAUAUUCAACAUCACGGCUAAGGCUGUAAGAGAAGAUGAUGAGUCUGUUGCUCUACAGGCAAUUGAGUUCUGGAGUUCUAUUUGUGACGAAGAGAUUGACAUCCUAGAAGAAUAUGGUGGUGAGUUCGCUGGGGAUUCUGAUGUUCCAUGCUUUUAUUUUACUAAGCAGGCUCUCCCUGGGCUUGUGCCUCUACUGCUGGAGACUCUUCUUAAGCAAGAAGAAGAUCAAGAUUUGGAUGAAGGGGCUUGGAAUAUUGCAAUGGCAGGUGGGACAUGCCUCGGUUUGGUUGCUAGGGCCGUUGGAGAUGACAUUGUACCACAUGUCAUGCCGUUUAUUGAAGAGAAAAUAUCAAAGCCUGAUUGGAGAGAGCGAGAAGCUGCAACUUAUGCUUUUGGUUCCAUUUUGGAAGGCCCUUCUGCAGAUAAGUUGAUGGCAAUUGUUAACGCGGCGUUAACAUUUAUGCUCAAUGCUCUAACAAAUGACCCAAGCAACCAUGUGAAAGACACAACCGCAUGGACCCUUGGUCGGAUAUUUGAGUUCCUUCAUGGUUCAACAAUUGAGACACCAAUUAUUACCCAGGCAAACUGCCAGCAGAUUAUCACAGUACUGAUCCAGAGCAUGAACGAUGCGCCUAAUGUUGCCGAGAAGGCUUGUGGGGCUCUAUACUUCCUUGCUCAAGGCUAUGAGGAUAUCGGUCCCAAUUCUCCGUUAACACCCUUCUUCCAGGAAAUUAUUCAGUCACUUUUAGCUGUUGCACACAGAGAGGAUGCAACUGAAUCACGCUUGCGGACUGCAGCAUAUGAGGCAUUGAAUGAAGUUGUCAGGUGUUCGACUGAUGAAACGUCGACCAUGGUUCUGCAAUUAGUACCAGUGAUAAUGUUGGAGCUUCACAAUACUUUGGAAGGGGAAAAGCUUUCAUUGGAUGAGAGGGAGAAACAAAACGAGUUGCAGGGACUUCUAUGUGGAUGCUUGCAGGUCAUCAUACAGAAAUUAGGAUCUGAGCCAACCAAGUCUGCUUUCAUGCAGUAUGCAGACCAAAUGAUGGGACUUUUCCUGAGGGUGUUUGGUUGUAGAAGUGCAACUGCACAUGAGGAAGCCAUGCUUGCCAUUGGUGCUCUUGCUUAUGCAGCAGGUCCCAAUUUUGCCAAAUACAUGCCUGAGUUUUACAAGUACUUGGAAAUGGGUCUUCAAAACUUUGAAGAAUACCAAGUGUGUGCUGUUACUGUGGGUGUUGUUGGGGAUAUCUGCAGAGCAUUGGAGGACAAGAUUUUACCUUAUUGCGAUGGGAUUAUGACGCAGCUUCUGAAAGAUUUGUCGAGCAACCAGUUGCACCGAUCAGUGAAGCCACCGAUAUUCUCCUGUUUUGGUGACAUAGCACUUGCCAUCGGUGAGGAUUUUGAUAAGUACUGGAGGUAUUCAAUGCCGAUGCUUCAGAGCGCCGCAGAGUUAUCUGCUCACUCGUCUGGAGCCGAUGAUGAAAUGACGGAGUACACAAACUCAUUGAGAAACGGAAUCCUUGAGGCUUAUUCAGGCAUUUUUCAAGGUUUCAAGAACUCCCCCAAAACCCAGCUCCUGAUUCCUUUCGCACCCCAUAUCCUCCAGUUUUUGGACAGUAUAUACAUGGAGAAAGACAUGGACGAGGUGGUGAUGAAGACAGCGAUUGGGGUCUUAGGAGAUUUAGCAGAUACACUAGGGAGUCAUGUGGGUGGUUUGAUACAACAGUCAGUGUCAAGUAAAGAGUUCUUAAACGAAUGUUUGUCUUCUGAAGACCACACAAUUAAAGAAGCAGCCGAAUGGGCGAAGCAUGCCAUUACCCGUGCCAUAUCUGUUUGAAGGCUCUUCUUUGCCUAUAAGAAAGAAAAAUUCGUUUUGCUUUUUAGUAAAGUCUGCAUGCAUCU